AUGUCGUUCGGGACAUUCCUUUGGGUCGCACUGUUCCAGCUCCGAAUCUGGCAGUAUCUGCUCAUUUUCCGCUGGAAGCAGCGUGCAGUUGGGCGGUAUCUGCUGUGGCCUGCCAUUUAUGUAUUCGUACUCAUUGUGCCAUACACAGUAGCUGCUAUACUCUUUCCACCCAGCAUCGGCUUUGAGUACUUCCCCGAGAACAACGACUGCGUAACAAAAGCGCCGGUUUACAUGUUUGCAAUAGCCAUAAUCGUGAUUGAGCUCUGCUCGGCGAUUGCACUGACUUAUCUAGCACGCAACAUCAACACCUGUUUCCGAGAGUUCCGAGAGAUUGUCAUCAUCAUCUCCACGACAGUUGCCGCAACAGUUGCAUCCAUCAUUGUCAGAUGGAUUCCUAACACCACCGGGAGCAAAUUCUACAAAGGAAUGCUGGAUACCUCUUUUAUGCUCAUCGCCGCCCAGUUGUAUUUGAUAGUCCUGCUGAGCAAGCCCAUCUACCAUUCGAUCGUCGACCCCAAUGAAUACGUUGAGUACUUUAUGCACCGGCUACGGACCCAGAAUCUUAUGCAAGAGUACAGUAUCUCAACUGCUGGUCAGGUUGACAACCUUACUUCCACUCUGAGGACAUCGACAACAGUAGCUGCCAGCCGUCACAGCUGGCUUGGUGGGCCGAAUAGGAGGGAAAAUGCACUCAACGCAUACCAUGCACUCGAAGAAAUCAACGAGGGACACAGCUCUAGCAACAGAAACAGCAACAGCAACAGCAACCAGUACAUCCGUAAACUAGUUUAG